AUGGCAACAGCUCCAUAUUGGGGGCAGCUGCCUCCGCCAAAGAUAGCCCGGGGCAACUCGCUCAGGCGCGAGCAGGAGCAAGAGAAUCUGCGAGACAGUACUCACCUGUCUAUCGACUCUGGCGCAAGAGGAAACCGACUGUCAAGUCAGUCCCAGUCGCGGCGCCGGUCAGAUCGAAACUCCACACAGACCGAAGCCCCAACGGUCUCCACACAGAGUCCCUUCGCAUCACCAACAGAUUCCACCUUCCCCGGGGGUGGAUUGGCGCCUCGGCCCCCUUCCUUUCCUUAUGGCGCAUCCGGUCCUUCAUACAACGAGGAGUACUUGGAAAAGAGACGACGAAGACAGAGUAGGGAUAGGGACCAGGCAUAUCAAGAGCCAGAGGCCGCGGAACCCCCACCUGCGGCCCCCGACGCCCCUCGCCCUCCGCCGCCUGUCAGCUAUAAACAACCACAUGGCCUUGGAGCAUCCUCAUCGAGCUACCAACCGCCCGCACAUUCAAGGUCUACUCGGAGAUCCGAAGGGCCUGUCAGCUCUAGUCAAGGGGUGGCAGACGAAUAUUACCGCUCGAAUCCAAGAAGAGAAUAUCCUGCCGCGGAAGCCCUCAAUUCCAAGAGGGGAAGUAUAGAUAAGGGCAAAGCACCGGUGCGGCCUAAUGACAAAGAAUGGGACAGCGAAAUGCCAGAAAAGCUGGAUGUUUCUCGCCGCCAGAGGAGGCAAGGCUCGGGAUCAGAAGCACCGUCGCAACGACGGAGAGAGUGGGCACCCGACCGGUCACCUCUUCAGCGGUUGGAACUGACGCUUGAUAGCAUCACCAAGGAGGAGAAGAGAGCCCGAGUCGAGGAGGCCGAGCUCCUCGCAAGGGAAGCGAAACGUGGGCGCGGCGGCGAGAAGGCAAAGCAGAAUUCAGUCCGCUUUCGGAACCGACCAGUUGCAAAGGGGGAGACGAGUACAGAACCAGACCCUCAAACUUCAGCAGAUCGCGGAUUAUCACGAAACCUAAGUGGGAAGCUAAGGAAGCCACAACCACGGAGCGAGACUACUGAACCAUCCACAUCUGCUGCUCCACCUACUGAACGGCCUACUAACGUCUUCGAUUAUCAAAUGCAGCCAGAGCAUCCUGGGGACGUCCAAAAAGAAGUCAAGUCCGGAGUACCUCGUCGAGGACAAAGCGUUCGCGAUCGAUCUUAUAUUCCCGUUGCAGUAGGUACCGCUGCGGCUGGAGGAGCUGCUAAACUUGGCCGUAGUGCAAGUAACAAGCUCAAAAAGGAGCCACCGGGAGACCCAUGGCUACAUCUCCGCGUCGAAGCCGAGAACCUAUCCCAGACUGUCCCACCACGAAGACAAUCAGUUCCUAAUCAACAGACAAGAGGUCCCUCAGAUGAUGCGGCACUUCGAAGCCAACCCCAGUCAUCCAGAGACAAAGAACUUCCGGUGCUGCCUCCCGAAUCUCAGCAGACUUCGAACCGAAGUGUCAACAAGCCUGACUCCCCUUCUUCAGAAGACGUCGAUGUUAAGCCUGUACGUCGAGGAACUUUGACCAAGCUCCAACGGCUGACCGGCGAGAACAUUGUCCCUCAAUCCUCAAGAUCUAUUCAGCCUAGAAAGGAACAAGCAACCGAGGUUGUAAAGGUCAACGGAACUAAAUAUCAGAUUCCUCCAACGGUGUCGGAUGACAUCACUCGCAAUAGUCCCCAUCAUGAACCUCUAGGCCCCAUUGGUAAUCCUCCCGAUGCCCUAGGUUCGAAGCAGCAAAGUCACCCAGGAGAAGGUGUCUACGUGCCUUCGAGGCGUCUAGAUGAAUGGAAGAAAGGGGGCAUAGCGCAGCUAUCGGGCUCCUUACUCGACCUUGCCGACGACGAGCAGGUGGAGCUUGAGAAGGACAAAACUUGGUGGGAAGCAGGCAAUACUGGGAAGCGUCGCCGAAGCACAGCAAAUCAACGCAAGGCAGAAGCCUACGAUGGAGAGUAUGAUGAAACAAAUGGUACUGUAACUCAAAUUUCCCUUUCGUGUGUCAAUUGUGAGAGGGGUAUAUCUCAUCUUAGAAGUCCUGGACGAACCCGAAAUGCCUUGAAUCGCGAACACCCUAGCUAUUAUCAACACCCUAGUUAUGGUGGGCAGAGGGUGAAGCGACUUGAAGAAAGAGCGGCAAGAACAAGAACGAUGACCCCUCAAUCACAUCCAAGGACGAAUCCUCAAACUUACUCUCAAAUCUGUUUCAUUUGUUAUCUCUUGAAUCUUGUCCAAAUCUUUCUUUCUCCCAUACGAUAUAUUAUCUCUCGGAGGUCAUGCGCUAACGUUUUGGUCCGUCCUCGUCCCAAUAUAGCCCCUACCAGAUUCAAACCACGUCUCUUCCUCAGAACUGGGCCCAUACUGCGAUACUGCGGGCUACGUCGAGAAGCAGCGACUGCCCGGCCAGGCCGUGCUACUGCCGGGACUGCCGAGCGAGAAAUAUGGAAAGGUAGUAUCAUGAUUGUAACGCACGAUGAUCAUUCUUCGUACGAGCUCGCUCCAACUCUGCGCUUGUUUCUUCAGCCAAUGGUGCUUCUACCGCCCCCUCCUGCACAAGUUGGUGGUGAGGAGCUUGCUCCGGAAUAUGUUGAUCCCAUCGCCGGACUUCCUAAAAUAGGCAGAGAUGGCAGAACACUCUAUGUCCGACCAGUGGAGGACCUCGAAGAGGAAAGAGACCUGUCCAGGGAAGAGUCAGAUGGGGGUCUUUUUGAACUGCAGAGAAGCUCCCCUGAGGAUGUCAUGGAGCGAAAGUUUGCCAAACCACAUUAUGACGGAGAAAAAGCAGGCAAAUACAAGGAGGUAAGGGGGUUCCGGCUGCAUGCCGAGCAAGGGGUUACUUUCUGGAGGUUCAACAUCGAAAUCGAACUUCGAGACAAGCAGCAAAGAAUUGCGUACCGCAUCAAUCGCGGGCCAGCCACAGGGUUCUGGGUCCCUGCUCGCGGCCAGCCUAUGAACAUCAUGUUUCACAGUUGCAACGGCUUUGGCUACGAUGUCAACACAGAUCCGUUCAACGGGCCAGAUCCUAUGUGGCGGGAUGUGUUGAACAACCAUCAGACCCAGCCAUUCCAUGUCAUGCUUGGAGGUGGCGAUCAGAUCUACAAUGAUGCACUCGUGGAAGAGAGCACAUAUUUCAAGGAGUGGACCCUAAUCAAAGAUUCACAUCUCAAGCAAACUGCUCCAUUUACGCUCGAGCUUCAGGAGGAGCUCGAGUCAUUCUACCUCACUCGGUACUGCACGUGGUUCUCUCAGGGCCUUUUCGGGCUGGCCACGUCUCAAAUUCCAAUGAUCAAUGUCUUCGAUGACCACGAUAUAUUAGACGGCUACGGCUCCUAUCCCGAUCACUACAUGCGUUCGGCGGUCAUGUCUGGGUUAGGGGCAAUAGCUUUCAAGUAUUAUAUGCUCUUUCAACAUCAAAGCAGCAUCGACGAGGGUGAGGAGACGGAGCCGCAUUGGAUUCUGGGCGAAGCACCAGGGCCUUAUAUCGGGGAAUUGAGCCGCAGCAUCUUCACACAGCUUGGCCGAAGUGUCGCGUUCCUUGGUCUCGAUUGUCGCACCGAGAGAAUGAGUGAUGAAAUCGUCAGUGCAGAGACCUACCACAAGGUCCUUGAUCGGCUGGAAAGGGAUGUCAUCAAAGGUGAAACCAAGCAUCUCAUUGUUAUGCUCGGUAUACCGGUUGCAUAUCCUAGGAUGGUUUGGCUUGAGAAUAUUAUGUCUUCCAGAGCCAUGAUGCCUAUCAAGGCACUUGGUAGGACCGGCCUUCUAGGCAAGAAUCUCUUAAACCAUUUUGAUGGUGGCAUUCAGCUCCUAGAUGACCUAGACGAUCAUUGGACAGCAAAACAUCACAAAGAAGAGCGUAACUGGCUCAUCCAGGAGCUGCAGGACUUGGCCGCGGAGAAAUCUGUCCGAGUCACGAUCCUUGGUGGCGAUGUUCAUCUUGGUGCCAUUGGGCAGUUCUAUUCCAACGCCAAACAUGGCAUCCCCAAAGACAAAGAUCAUCGCUAUAUGCCCAAUGUCAUUUCCUCGGCAAUCGUGAACGCGCCACCACCGGAUGCCGUCGCCGAUCUAUUUAAUAAACGCAAUAAGGUCCACCACAUGGACGCUGACACUGACGAAGAUAUGAUUCCAAUCUUCACUCACGACGUUAACGGUAAACCAAGGAACAACAAGUGUCUCCUUAACCGUAGGAACUGGUGCUCAAUCCGAGCCUACGACCCCGAGCUAUCCCCACCUCCCACUCCCCAAAGAGAAAGAAGCCCCAGCCCCCCACCAGCCUCCAGAGGCGGUCUCUUCCGCCGUCUCUCAACCUCUCGUGGGCCAAGCUAUCGCCCUGAUGUCUCAGCGCCACAUCCACCGCUCUCAAGCGCCAGCUUCUUCGGUCGCCGGCUCUCAACAUCACGUCGUGGAUCCACGGACUCUGAGCGUCCAAAUGUCCUAACCAGGACCUUAUCCUUAAAUCGCAAAGACUUCACACCGAAGAAUAUUUUCCGCCGAAAUAGCAGGACAAGGAAACCAGAUAGUGGUGGCAUAAACGGCUAUGGUGAAGAUAGUACCGAUGAUGACUCCCUCUACCGCGACGACCAGCCACAAAGAGUGGGCAUGAGAGGCGGAAGUGGUGGUCAUAGUCACGAUGAUACUGACUAUGAUGAGGAGGACGAGAGCUACUUCCCCCACCAACCACGUAAUCGUGCACAAGCGCCUCCAGCUCCAACAUCGGUCGCAGGAUCGAUUCCGCAACGACCGAUCAGCAAAUUCCACCGUACACCUACCGGCCUCUCGCAAAAACAGCGGAAGACAAUUGGCGAACACCACGUUAACCUUGAGGGCGGACUUGAUAUCUGUCUAAAUGUUGAAGUUAAUCAUAAAGACCCCGCGGGCAUCACGACGCCGUACCGGUUGCUCGUUCCGGCACUUUGGUAUAGGGAGGAAGCUCAUCAAGUGUAUGAGGAGAAACCAAAGGGUAAAACUGGUAUGGGCCUUGGAAGGUGGCCGAGCUUGAGAAGGUAA